GCCCAACUCGAAAAAUUACGAAAGAAUUCGGCUGUUCAUCACUCUUAAGACCAACAAAAAUUUGCAAGAACGAACAAUGGCUUCGAUUUGUGGACGCAUGGCGCUACGUACCGCCGCUCGCCAGAAUGUGACAUACCACUCCGUGCGUACCUGCAAAAUGAUGAAUGAUCCCAUGGAGCAUGCCACGGGUAUCGAGAAGCGCGAAUUGCUGCUGAAAGCCGCCGGCAACGAUAAUCCCUUCGACAUGAAGGUGUUCAAGCGCGGUGCUGGCACCAAGGAGAACCCCAACUUGAUUCCAUCGGCCUUCGAUGCCCGCAUUGUGGGCUGCAUCUGCGAAGAGGAUCAGACCUAUGUGCAAUGGAUGUGGCUGCAAAAGGGCAACCAGAAGCGUUGUGAAUGCGGACACUGGUUCAAGCUGGUCGAGAAGGCAGCCGUUUAAUGUUAUUAUUAAUUAAUUAAAUAAACCAAUUAAUAACACACACACACACAAGCAACAACUAUUAAGCUAAAAGUCAAUCUAAAUAGCUGUCCAAAUAAACAAACAUCAACCCAAAAAAGAAAAACAAAUUGGAUAUCCAAAUAUGAAAAACGCACCGUUCAAAACUCGGGGCAGCUUCUAAUUUAGCUUUGAUUUGAUUCGAGAUUUGUUGGUGGCAUAAAUAAACUAACGCAAAGAAACCAAAACGAUGUAACAAUAAAGGCAGAAAGGCGAUGUGAGGUACUUAAA